AGAGCCAAUCGCUUCCUUGCUUUGCAUAAGAUAGRCAUGCCCUUGGACAGAACGGRACACCACAGAACUUCCAAGACUGAAUCUAAGCUUUCUGAAUGAGAUUGAACCGGUAGAUUCAUCGGGAGUCAUUCUCUGGCCAGGCCUUGCGGCUACCCCGCUCACCGUAUUGCAAGCACCACUAGCAUCCAGGCUUCGAAUCGCAUCGUAAAACACUGCACUGAACRCACWACGUCCGGAUGACAGGUACGAUUGCGAAAGAGGCAGGAACCUCGAGYAUCCCGAGCAACUYGGAUGSCGAGRCAWCACCCCCUGCCCAUUAUUUUUGCGACGAGCAAAGUUUCGACAACUACGAACUGGAGAGCAACCAGAGCUUUCACAGCCACUAUUCCAUGUCGUCUGGAAUAGCAAACCCKCCGAUCGUUGUUGGAUACGCAUUCGGCCCGAAAAAGAUGAGCACCAUGGGCGUUGUUUUGGCCGAGGCUAGCCGAAUCCAGGUGAUCCACGAAGAGAUCGAAGAAGAUGGGUUUGACRAGGAUGAGGAAGACCUGCGCGAGCGAGAACGAGACGAGUAUUUCGGUGAGCAGCAAGAGGAUCCGUCCGCACUGACCAGCGCYGCUCUGAAAGGGCUCGAAGCGGAAACCACCGGAAGAACCCUCGGCGACGGAKACCACCCCGGCCAAGCYGCYCAGGAAACCAUCAUYACCCUAGGGAACUCUAAUGAUACCAAUAUGCAGCACAUUGUACGGUACUUUCGUUCCAGCUGCUCGUCGGCUGCCUCGGCGAGYAUCGCCAGCAUGGGCGAAACGACUGCAUCGACAUCSACGCCGACAACUGCUACAACAACAACCAACAACACUUCUUCCACAUUCUGCACGUACAAGCAGCGACGACAUAGCAGCCUGGGAGAACGGAAUCGAUUUCCGGUCCAGAUAGCAUUUGUUCCGCUGGAUCCCGACCAACCUCUGGAAGAUCAACACGGUGGAAAAUUUGAUUUGAUUCUGCACAAGCUGACCGAAGACAUUCUGACCUGUUCGCUGAUGGAGGACAGCGAAGAUAGCAGCGACCGCGGGGACAGCAACGAGAUCGAAGCAGGCGAGCAAGCAUCGGAAGACCCGUCGCAGAAACGCGUGCGUGCGAUUCGAGACUAUUGCUACCUUCGAAACCCCAACUGUUGCCUGGUGGACGAUCCGAAACGCGUCCAGCUUGUGAUGAGUCGUUCACAGAUUGCCCGUGUCCUGMAGAACUGCUUGAAYGGCGUCAAGACAUCCAGCGGGAUUCCUGUCAAGUCGCCUCGGUUCGUUGUCGUCCCCGGGAGUGCACCCCAUCGGGACCGAACCCGGGAAUUGAAGCAKGCCCUACAGAACAACAACGAAGGGGAUGACACGACCCUAUCGACCCCUCUGAUUGUUAAGCCUCUCAUCGCGGCGGGGACCAAACAAUCCCAUUGCAUGUUCAUUGCACUCAAAGAUUCGGCACUGACGAGGCUUCCCCCGAAAUCRAUUGUCCAAGAAUUCGUCAACCACGAUGCAACCCUGUACAAGGUKUAUGUAUUGGGAGACUUUGUCAAUGUAUACAGGCGCCAUUCCCUUCCCAAUCUACCUGCAGAUCUCUCUGAGGCUACCGUGGAUCUAGUCGAAUUCGAUUCGCAGAGACCAUAUCCAAUAUUAAAGGAUUUUGGGUUGGAAACGGAGAAAAGCGACGAUGUCAAUGCCCGGGGCAGUUGUGCGCAGUUCCCGGUCACGGUCGAAGAAGUAAGACCCAUCGUGGAAGCUCUUAAACGAGCCUUUGGAUUAGAGCUUUUUGGGUUUGAUAUUCUAAUGGGAAGCAACAGCGGACAGUGUUUCGUUGUAGACGUUAACUACUUCCCUUCGUACAAGGAAGUUCCAAACUUCCCCUCGCUCCUGGCUCGAUACCUGACGCAGCGYGCACUAGAGCAGCGUCGCAAGGGAAGAAUGCAAAUGAAUGCUUCUAGSAGCGCCCGGCACAACCGCGAUGCCGAUAGAAACUGUGGUUCSAGCGUCGCUAGGACUACUCAUGGCAGCGAAUCAACACCGUGUUCAAUCGACGGUUGCAGCGUGACGGACAACAACAGCUCCASCGAACGAGAUCUUUUUUUGUCGCGACAAGAAAUCAAAGAAUGAACAUCGGCUUUCCAAUUGCAUUAGAAGAGUUAAAYGCCCCCGAAAAUACCAAAACACACAACGCUGUAGAAAUUUUAAAUAUAUAUUAUAAUAGAUACGACUAUACAAUUGUUUCGACCUUUUCACUAGCACGAACGUUCACGKWAUAGCAUUUGCUUUAUCAGUUGGUUGAGGAGAGGUGUUCCUUAAAAAUAGUUUGAAUGGUUAUAAAUUGCAAUACGUACGAAUCGAGACAACUUUUUUUCGUUUGAAGCCAUUGGCCGAUGGCACAGGAACAUUUGUUCUGCGAGCACCUUCUCGAUCUAUUACUCAACCGAACCGUCAUUGCACCAUGCGGGUCCGAUUUUACCCGGAGGACAAUCUAGGGCGCCAGACGUUUUGUUUACCGACAGUCCCGCCAUUUCCAUAAAUUCGUCCCACGAUCGUUCCGUGCCUAGCCCAUAGUGAUCCUUUUCUACCAAUACGAAGCCUUGCUCGUCCCCUUCGAUCAGUUCUGUUGUGUGAAGCGGAUAGCCACAAAGGUUUUUGAUUCUUCGUAUAGUACGCUUCUGUAGCCAACCAUUUUGAAAACCUUUCUUGGCCCUUUAGGUUCGAUGUGUGAAUAUUCGAUGCGAGGACACGUGAGUGACAUGAUCAAUAAAAUGCUAGGGACAGAUAGAAACGGUCCACGACAUAAAUCCUCKGGGUGUGACAAGUGUCUGUGUGAGAUACUACUUACUGAGAGUUUACAGCGCCAACAAAUUUCGGAAUACCCAAGGAACCUGGUCGGUACUGAUGUAUUAUCAAGUUCUUUCGCGGAGCAUAUAAAUUCCAACCAUGGGUCCAGGCACGCAUAGAAAGCAGAAUCUCUUCUCCCAUGAAUGUCCAUGGAAGGUAAGGGUCAAAGGGAAUCUCUUUGAGAAAUUGUCCCGGAAAAAACACAAAACCCGCUCCAAGAAAAGGUUGUUGUGUUGGACGUUUUUCGCCUCCUUUGUAACUCCUCCCUUGGUUUAUGUGAAUGAURCCGUCCUUUCCAUCGUGAGGGAUUCCGCAACCGCAUAGACGACAGCCUGGUGUUUCAAUGACAGUCUUGUUGUCGAUUUUCGAUAAAUCUAUUUUCCACUUCUUGGGAAUGAAAGUUCUUUGGUCAAAUCCAGGCGGAUAAGUACUCAWCAAAGAUUUCGGAUAAUUCUUAGUGAGUUUAAUGUCUUCGAUGUACUUUGCAUCCCAAUCGAAGGCAAAACGCAAAUGGGAAUCAAUCUGCAUUACAAAUGUCUCACCACCCCAAAGCUUUGAAGCAUAGUAACGUGCCAUCGACGGGCCAAGACUAUCUGUAUCAUACAUGUAUAGUACACGAAUCUGUCCCUGCUUACAAUACUUUUCAUAAUCCGGCAUUGCGCAGAAUACCGCGAUGCCAUUCAUAUCGGGUCCUACUUCUAGUCGUUUGGUAAUAGGCUUGCCCUUGUCGUUUUCGCCUACCUUUUUUGGGCCGGUAAGACAGGGAGUCCCACUUGUGUCAAUUGUCCCAUCAUCCAUUUGCUUUCCGAAACAAUUUUGAACGACUGCACCGACAAACAACUUGUCUGGAUCCUUCGCGUGCCUGAAAGCAGAGACUAGCGUUUCUGCGAGAAGAUGCUCUCUGAAUGCCGCCAAAGAAAUGAAAAUUGAAUCGUCGGAACGAACUGGAAAUAUAUUUUGCCCUCUGUACAAGUCAUCAAAUGGUUUAAGAUACUUGGCAACAGUCUCAUAAAAGUUAUCAAACGCCUUGUUUCCGUCUUCSUCUUUUUUCGCCCUUUCUCGGUUCUUUUCGUGUAAUUCAGCGAGAAAUUUCUGCAAAAGAGCAAUGAUGCCAGCCAUUGAUGGCCGUCCCUCCAUCAAACUCGCAAUGUAAUCAUCGGCAUUCUUCACGGAMUCGAAAAGGGGCAAUAUCGGAACCAUUGGUAGCAAAUGUUCUGGGAGACUGCGAUCGUUAUCUUCACCGGCAUGAAAAWAUUU